GUAGGUCCUACCUAUCGAAAUAAGAGAGAGAUCCUUCAUCUUCACAUGGCAUAUAAUGUUUAGCCUACUAAGUAUACUAAGGAUAAAGUAUGACCUGUAGGUUUAGAGUUCAGUUAUAAUAUAAAGUCUGUUAUUGGUCAUUAGUAGCCUACAAUUUGAGAUAGUCGGUUUCCCUGUCAGUUAAGCGCAUGCAAAAUUGGUGCGCAGAAACCACUUCAAUUAAACACGACCGUUUGGGGAAUAAUGAUUUUUUUUCUUCGGGAAAAUAAGAAAUAGUUGUUACCCAGUGUGUAUCAAACUCUUCUGCUAUUGCGCCACUUUUUUUAGUACAUUCUUGUAGGGAUUGGUAAGGGUUUUACAUCAGAUAAGUCCUUGCAUGCGUUUUCACGUGAAAGAGCCUUUAUAAGGAGUUCAGUCAAAACUCUGACACUUUCAGACGCGAGAAUAAACGUCGAGGAACUAUCUGUAGUGUCCGACAAUCAUAGUGGCCAUCAAAAAUGGCAGCAUACACAUUACCGGAGGGAUUCUCCGAUUUUGACAUGUUUGCAUUCGGUACCGCUCUUCUUGUUGGGGGUCUUGUUGGAUUCUUCCUCAACGCCGUUUCAAUAUUGGCCUAUAUUAGCGUAAAGCAAAUGCGAACUCCCAGUAAUUUCCUUGUCUUUAACCUUGCUGUGGCUGACAUUAUGCUCAAUACAACCGGCCUGAUUGCUGCAUACGCCAGCUUAUCUUACAGACACUGGCCCUGGGGUCAAGACGGAUGUAACAACCACGCCUUCAUAGGGAUGACAGCAGUCCUGGCCUCUAUCAGCUUCCUGGCUACCAUCGCCUGGGACAGAUAUCACCAAUAUGUCACCAAUCAGAAGCUGUUUUGGAGCACGGCCUGGACUUUUUCUAUCAUUAUCUGGGGGUUGGCCAUCUUCUGGGCGGCCGUCCCUCUGACUGGUUGGGGAGUUUAUGACUUUGAGCCAAUGAGGACGUGCUGCACUCUGGACUACACCAAAGGAGACAAGGACUACAUCACCUAUAUGGGAGCCCUGACUGUCUUCUACCUUAUCUUCCCUGCUUAUGUCAUGAAGUCUAACUACGACGCCAUUUACGCAUACUUCAAGAAGAUCCACAAGCACAGGUGGAACACCAGCAUACCACUGAGGGUUCUGUUGUUCUGCUGGGGACCCUAUGAAGUCAUGUGUAUCUACGCCUGCUUUGACAACGCCAAACUGGUCUCUCCAAAGCUGAGAAUGUUGCUUCCUGUUUUGGCGAAAAUGAACCCUACUUUCAACGCGUGUCUCUAUUCCUUUGGGAACGAGUUCUACAGAGGAGGGGUGUGGCAGUUCCUGACUGGCCAGAAGUUUACAGAGCCCGUCGUUGUCAAGUUAAAAGGAAGAUAAAGGAAGUUCUUGUUAGUUACAGUCAUAUAAUUAGAAUGGUCAGAGUUUCUAUGUCCAUUCUACUCAUUCUAAUUCUAUGGUUACAGUACCGUACAGGCCAUAGAAUUAGAAUGUUCCAUUCUAAUUCUAUGGUUACAGUACAGUACAUGCCAUAGAAUUAGAAUGUUCCAUGUUCCAUUCUAAUUCUAUGGUUACAGUACAGUACAGGCCAUAGAAUUAGAAUGUUCCAUGUUCCAUUCAACCAUUCUAAUUCUAUGGUUACAGUACCGUACAGGCCAUAGAAUUAGAAUGUUCCAUGUUCCAUUCAACCAUUCUAAUUCUCUGGUUACAGUAUCGUACAGGCCAUAGAAUUAGAAUGUUCCAUGUUCCAUUCAACCAUUCUAAUUCUCUGGUUACAGUACCGUACAGGCCAUAGAAUUAGAAUGUUCCAUGUUCCAUUCUACUCAUUCUAAUUCUAUGGUUACAGUACCGUACAGGCCAUAGAAUUAGAAUGUUCCAUGUUCCAUUCAACCAUUCUAAUUCUCUGCUGAAGGCCAUAUUUAAACAACAACGCCAUCCUCAUGCACUCUCAUUGCAAUAGGUUUCACAUUGGAAGAAUGCUAUCUGUACAAGGUUGUGAAGUCAAUCUUAAUUGUUUAUUUAGUUGGUUUGAGAAACCAUAUGGCAAUGUAGCUUGUCAGUAGCGAUAUGGUGACCGUCCAUUCAAAUAGACUUUGGGGGGAGGCACCUGUUCUUAGGUUAAAUGAUGUAUCAUGAUUUACUAGAGAUGAUUGGCUAGACAUGAUUGACUAGACAUUCAUUGACCUGUGUUUUAGUAGAAAUACCACAGUGCUCUUAAUGCCAUGUUCAUGUUGAGUGAUUUUUUUGAAGGUAGUAAAACCAGUGUAAUCAACUUAAAGUGGACGAGAGUGAAUUUUAGUGGAGUCAUGAUCAUGUAAAACUGAUUUUUAUAUCCAAUAGCAUUACAAUUGGCUCAUUCAUCCCCCUCCUCUCCCCUGUAACUAUUCCCCAGGUCGUUGCUGCAAAUGAGAACGUGUUCUCAGUCAACUUACCUGGUAAAAUAACGGUAAAAGAAAUAAAAUAAAUAAAAAACUUCUAGAACUCUCCCUGAUGUAGUCCUCUAAUCGCUGUCAAUAAACGCAGCAACGUAUACUGCCACGUGUUGCUCUUCAAUUUGACUCAACUGCCCAUUGAACUGGUGGGAUGCUCAACAUGCCGCUUUACUGUACAGUUCCAACGGAUGAUGAGUUGGUUUACAAUUACCAUCAUAGUCAUAAAAACCAAAACAUUCCUCUUUUAGAUGAUUUAGACUUCGUCUUCAGACGUCAAAAAGAGAUGUACCUAUCAGACCCGGGUUCAAAUAUCAGACUUCACAAAGAGAUGUACCUAUCAGACCCGGGUUCAAAUAUCAGACUUCAAAAAGAGAUGUACCUAUCAGACCCGGGUUCAAAUAUCAGACUUC